CCAGCUAUGGCUACCUCUUUAAACCCACCGCUUGGCUUGCGCUUCCUCAAACUCAAACCACCAUCGUUUCCCCUCGCCCCCAUUCGUCAUUGCAGGUUCAACUUCCCAAAGACUCAGCUUCUCAGAAUCAACUGUGAUUACUCCUCUUUCGAAGUUAGAGAUGUUAGCUAUCAACCCCCAGGGACUCAGCUCAGACUUCUGAAUUCAGUUAGUUUUUCACUUCCCGAGAAAAGUUUUGGUCUAAUUUUCGGACAGAGUGGAAGUGGCAAAACAACUCUCUUGCAGCUUCUUGCAGGAAUAAACAAACCAACCUCUGGAUCUAUUUACAUCCAAAAAUAUGGGAAUGAUGGACAUCUUUGUCAAUCGCCAGAGCCAUUGGUGCCUGAAAGGGUUGGUAUUGUCUUCCAGUUUCCUGAGAGGUAUUUUGUGGCUGAUAAUGUGCUUGAUGAAGUCACUUUUGGGUGGCCAAGGCAAAAGGGUAAUCACCAACAGAGGGAGAGCCUUGCUCUAGGGCUACAGAGGGCAAUUAACUGGGUUGGAUUAAGUGGGAUAUCGCUAGAUAAAAAUCCUCACUCUCUCAGUGGGGGUUACAAACGUCGUCUUGCCUUAGCAAUACAAUUAGUGCAAAUCCCUGAUCUAUUGAUAUUGGAUGAACCUCUUGCUGGACUGGAUUGGAAAGCACGUGCAGAUGUUGUGAAGCUUCUAAAGCACCUGAAAAAGGAAUUAACUGUGCUUGUUGUUAGCCACGAUUUGAGAGAGUUAGCAAGUCUAGUUGAUCGAUCAUGGAGAAUGGAAAUGGGUGGCAACCUUAGACAGGAAUUUCUACCAUUAUAAUUUAUGUUCCAUUGCCUUGUUAAUCAGCAUGAGAUGCUACGAGGUAAAUGAUUCCAGGAUAACAAGACUGGAUUAAUGCUGAAAAUAGGAUAGAAAUUGGGGAGAAAAAAAUUCUACUUGGUGAACACACAGUGGAGAAAAUGCAGAAAAAUGCUGCAAAAGAAAAUACAGUCAGGUCUGACAGACAGACUCUGCCCUCCCUGACUUAUGCAACCAAACCAAAUCACUCCUUAAAAUUAUGUUAUGUCCCACCCCCUUCCUUAACACUUUUUUCUAUUUCCAUCAUUACACAAUCAUACUUACCCUCCCUGUCCAACACUUUUCUUUCUCUUUUCUUAUAUACAUUUGUCCAAGGCCCAUCAUAGAAUCGACAUGGCAUUCCUUUAUUUUGGCAAUUCAUACUGUAUAUUCUGUGUUGUUGAGAAUUGAGAUAAGACCUUUUUUGCUUAUAAUGAUGCCGACAGAAGAUAAUAUCAAAUUUGUGUGUGUGUGAGGACUUGCAUUCUAGAGAUAUUGUACUUACACUCUGCAUCUGUUUUGAUCCAGUGCUCAUUGUUUCCAAUUGAGCUACUGCAUAUUAGCCCAUGUUGCAGUGGGUUCCAGUUGGUCUUACAGUGUUGGGACCACUUUCUUGAUUUGGUGUCUGAAUGAAAUUGUCUACCUUUCUCUGGGUUUGUGGGGUUUACAUUAUCAUAUUCAUGGAUGUAUUCAUGAGGAACAUUUUUGCUCUUACCUUUGUGGGAUUUAGCAAACUCUUUUGCAUUUGUGGGGCUUUCAGGAUAGACUUUCCUGUGAAACAUACGUAGAACCUGCAUAUCCAGAUGAACGAACCAAAUAAUUUAUUAUAGUAUGAUAGUUUCUUAAUGAGUACAUAUCCAAGACAUGCAUAUUGGAAUUGUGGGUUUGUUGUGAUAGCUAAACUUUGGUUUACAGACCAGCAGUGACAUUUGACAAUUAACAAUUAGCAUAGUUACAUUUGGUUUAAAGCCUGAUUGGAAUCCCUUUAGCUAAUAUUCUUUAGAUAUGCUUUGCAAAUUUCAGAUGUUGAUGUAUAUUCUCCUGUAUGUACUGUUUUUACUUUAUUCUAUGAGAACAAGUGCCAGUAAAUUUGUUAGUGUUACUGAUAAUUCUUGGCUAAUAAAUCUGAUAAUCAGGCUACUCCGACUAUCUGAUUUGUAUAGUUUGUGUUUGGUUUCAUCCUUUUUUUACAUUAUAUCUAUGGUUGAAUAAAGAAAUGGACAUGCAUGUCAAUUUUCAUUGGCUAUAUGUUGUUUAGAUGCUAAGGCAAUAAUCAAAGGAACAACAAUUAUAUUUGUUGUUAAAGGUGGUGCAGAAGAUCUAGUUAUAGAGACCAACCUUAUGGCGUUUUUUAUUGGUCA